AUGGCAGCCAUCACCAGCAAGGAGAAGGAGGAGGCUCUCCAGCUGAAGCAAGGGGAGAGCAAGGUGUUCUCCAAGCUGUUCACCAGGGAGAGCUCCGCCGCGGCGCCGUCCUUCCGGGUGUACUACGGCGUCGCCUCGGCGGGCUCCGUGCCCUUCCUGUGGGAGUCGCAGCCGGGCACGCCCAAGAACGACGCCAUCUCCACGGCCACCCUGCCGCCGCUCACGCCGCCGCCGUCCUACUACACCGCAGCCAGGCAGCAGCAGCAGCAGGCCGCGCCGCCGCACAGCCUGAGCCACCGCCACCGCCGCAACAGGUCGUCGUCGUCCUCCUCCUCCACCGCCGCCGCCGCCACUGGCAAGAACAACAAGAAGCUGUCGACCAAGCAUUACAUCAGCAUCUUCAGCGCCAUGCUGCCCAAGAUGAUCCUGCACAGGCGGUGGUCGUCCAGGUCGGCGGCCUCGUCCGGCUCGUCGCCCUCCGCCGCGUCGUCCUCCUGCUCCUCCUCCUCGUGGUCGGCGCUCUCCUCCUCGGCGUCGUCGUCGCUGUCACUGUCGUCGUUCCGCAGCGCGCAGUCGCCCGCCGCGUGCUCGUCGAUGACUAUGAGGAGCCGGGUGUUCGCGUUCUCGGCCGCGGACGACGACAGCGAGGGGGAGCAGGCGGCGGCGCCCAUGUGCUUCAGCGUGCGCCACGAGAGCUUCCGGGCGUUCAGGGGCUGCCGCGUCGCCAUGACGGUGAAGAGCGCCCUGGCGUCCGUCGGCGGCCAUGGUGGGCAUGCUGCUGGGCCCACCGCUGCACAGAAGGUGUAG